AUGGAAUCUUUAGGGAAACUUUCUGGGAUGGAGGAAAUGGAUUUGGACUCGAUGAGAAGGGUUUUCGAUGAACUAAUCGAUGGGAUAGAAGCCAAACAGAAGGCGCAAGAACUGGAUAACAUUCAGAAAGAUAUAAAAUCGUCCUUCGAGAAAUGGCGGGAAGAAACGGAGAGGAGAAAAGAGGAAGCGGGUUCGAUCUUGAAGGAGGUUUUGGUGAGAGAGGAUGAACUGAAUGAACGGGAGGAGUUGAUCUCUGAUUAUCUCGACAAGGUUAAGGAUGCAAGGACAGAGCUGAUCGAGAAGAAGAGGAAAUGGGUUGGAGAGAUGGAAGAGAGGAAGAAAAAACUGGACAUUUUAGCCAAGGAAAUUGAGCAUACGAAAGAGAUACUGGAGUUGAAAGAAAAUCAGCUCCCAAUGAGAGAGAAGGAACAUAGAGUCGGUGUUUCCUCCUGUAAGAAAUCGACCAAGCCUAAUUCUGGAAGACGUUCUCAGGGAGAUGUUCUGUUGAGAAGGUGUCCAAGUUUGAAACUUGGAGUCAAGAAGAAGCAGCUGGAUUUGUGUUAUGCUAGGACCAAGAUGAUGCUGGAUUAA